AUGGCGGAGCUGGGCAGGCUGGAGCGGCUGGAGCGGCGGGUGCGGGAGCUGGAGGAGGAGCUGGCCCGGGAGAGAGGCGGCCGGGCGGCGCCACGGGCCCGCAUCGAGAACAUGAGCCCGGAGGUGACGGACUCCAACCCCUAUAGUCGCUUGAUGGCCUUAAAAAGGAUGGGAAUUGUCAAAGACUAUGAGAAAAUCCGUACCUUCACAGUUGCGGUGGUAGGUGUAGGUGGAGUUGGCAGCGUGACUGCUGAGAUGUUGACAAGGUGUGGCAUUGGUAAGCUGCUUCUGUUUGAUUAUGACAAAGUGGAACUGGCAAACAUGAACAGACUCUUCUUCCAACCUCACCAAGCUGGAUUAAGCAAAGUGCAAGCAGCAGAGCAUACUCUGAGGAGUAUUAAUCCUGAUGUUCAGUUUGAAGUACAUAACUACAACAUCACAACACUGGACAACUUUGAACACUUCAUGGAUAGAAUAAGUAAGGGUGCCCUGGAGGAGGGGAAGCCUGUGGAUCUUGUGCUCAGCUGUGUGGACAACUUUGAAGCUCGCAUGGCUAUUAACACGGCCUGCAAUGAACUGGGACAAAUCUGGAUGGAGUCUGGAGUGAGCGAGAACGCGGUGUCAGGGCACAUCCAGCUGAUAGUCCCUGGUGGGACGGCCUGCUUCGCGUGUGCUCCUCCACUUGUAGUUGCGGCAAACAUCGACGAGAAGACGUUAAAGCGAGAGGGAGUUUGUGCAGCCAGUCUGCCUACAACCAUGGGGGUCGUGGCAGGGAUUCUGGUACAGAAUGUGCUCAAAUACCUGUUAGAUUUUGGCACCGUCAGCUACUAUCUUGGUUACAAUGCCAUGCAGGAUUUCUUUCCAAAGAUGUCUAUGAAGCCAAAUCCACAAUGUAGUGACCACAACUGCAGAAAACAGCAAGAAAAUUACAAGCAAAAAGAAGCUGCUCAACCAAAACAAGAAGUAAUUGACCAAGAAGAAGAAAUAGUCCAUGAGGACAAUGACUGGGGCAUCGAAUUGGUAUCAGAAACUUCAGAGGAAGAGCUGAAGGCUGCGUCUGGCCCCGUGCCGGAGCUUCCCGAGGGAAUUACUGUAGCAUACACUAUCCCAGACAAGGAAGAGAAUUUGAUAACUGAGGAAACGACAGCAGAGACUGAAGAAAGCCUAGAAGAACUCAUGGCCAAAAUGAGAAACAUGUAGCAAAACAAGUGCUGAAGAGGACUUUGGGGAGUUUGACUGACAUUGGAUUAG